AGCCUCCCACAUUCAGGGUGCUGUAGCCUAGCUAGGCAGUCAGUCACUGACAUCCUGUGUGGACGUCAACGUCCACAGCCCUCUCAACGCCCGGGUCCCCCAGACCUUCGCAUCCGACGCCUGCGCAUCAUGGCGGGUGUCCUGCGAACGGCGGCGCUGAUGGCACUCGUCCAGCGCGUGUGUGCCAUCGCUGUGGUGGGCUAUGUGCCGGACUACCGCUUCAACUCCAUUGACUGGAGAAAGGCGGUGGCGCGGACGACGCAUUUGAUCCUUUUCUCGGUGGAGCCCAAGGUGGACGGCUUGCAGAACCUGGAUACGAUCCGCGGCAUCUUGCGACCGCAGUCAGCCUUGUCGGUCGCCCUAGAGCAAGCAGGUGCUGAUGCACCGAAGGUCUUAGUGAGCGUCGGCGGCGCUGGGCGCUCGGCGGACUUUGGGCAGGUGCUCGGGAGCAAGAAGAGUCGCAAGCGCCUCGCCAAGCAGCUCUUGAGCCUUUUGCAGGAGCUGCCACAGCUCUCCGGCCUGGACUUCGACGUGGAGGUGCAAAACCCGGAUUGGCUCAAUCUGGCCAAGCUGGUGCUGAUGCUGCGCACUGCCAUCGGUUCGCGGGGUGGCGAGAUGCCAGUCAUGACCAUGACCUUCCACGCGCUCUCGGCCGCGAUGAAGGGCUUCGCGCCCUUGACCUUGAAGCCACAGGACUCUGAGGAAAAGCGAUUCGUCGAUCUCUUUGACAUGUGUCACGCCAUGACCUACACGGUGAUGGAUCAGCAGGGCCGCCACGCGAGCGAAAAGAUGGACACCGACGUGGUCGAGGCAUGGGCCAAGCUCGGUUUGCCUGCAGAGCGGCUCACCUUAGGCAUCCCUCUCUUCGCUGUCAAGAACGGUGCGGUGCCUGCGACCUACCAGGAGAUCGUCACUCAGGAGCCUAGCAUCAUCUCCUCGGGCCAAGAGCGCACCAAGGAGGGCUUCUUCUUCGUGAACGCUGCGAGCGCCGCCAAGAAAGUGCAAUUGGCUGAGGAGCGAGGCAUCGCUGGGUUGAUGAUUUGGGAGCUGGGCCAAGAUGUCUUGGAGGAUCACGGCAACAUCCUUAGGGAGGUCUGGAACGCCGCCAAGAACAAGGGCUUCUUGCACCGCCUCCUCGGCUUCAGCUUCAAGGAGGAUCACCUUUUCAGCUGCUGAGCGGGUCCAGCUGGAGUUCGAAGAAUGAAACCUAAUAGCAAAGCGAUGGCCAACCCAGAAGCGAUGGCCUCCAACCUAGUAGCAAUGGCCUCCACCCUGGUAGAUGGCCUCCAAAAGAGUUUGAAGAUUCGUUCGAAGGCUCAUUGGACAUGCGGGGGGGGGGACCACCAGGUGUUCCACACCAGAUCCGUUCUCCAGGUAGUUCUCACAAAGACUCCACUUCCGAUCCUUAAGUGAUGCACCAGGUUUCUCUCCUUCGUUCAGCCACCGCUUGGAGGAAUGUGCCCAGCCCUCACUUUAGCGACCCCUCUCUCAGCAUCGGCCGAUCGGCCGAGGCUUCCUCACCGUGCUGAUGGGAGGCGGAGAAAACAAGGGGGAGAUGCGUCCACCGGCGUUUGGGUGUUGGUCAAUUCUCACUGGGGCAUACCAAGAACACUGACCAACCAUCCAAGGCAGAAGGGUUUUGAGAAACUGGUGGACAGAGCUACUCUGCCACGGCUGCUUUGGACUCAACAGCUGCAAGAAAGAAGGUGAAGGCUACUGUCCCUCAGAAAUUGAACUAAGCUGCCUCUCCAAACCCCUACUAGUACAAGCCCCCGUCCACAGAGAACAGGGCAGAAUUCCAAGGAGUCAGCGUCAGGCUACUACUUCUUAAAGGUCAUGCAGUUGGCCAUGAAGCCAUCGCCGAAGCCUUUGAAGCAGUUCUCUGAGGAGACCGAGGAGACCGAGGAGACCGAAGCGAAGACCGACUGAAGGGGCAGCACCGGUGGCAUGCCCGAAGCAGUGGCACCGGUGGGGAGGUCGGAUAUGUGCACAGCAGGAACGCAGGAAAAAGACUGCGGGAUCGCCUGCCAGGGUUGGAGCACAGCAUCCAUCAUGAAAAUGGAAACCGUGCUUAGUGCUGAUUGUGUUCCUUCCAAAGCCUUUGCGUCCCAAAGACGGGCAAAGCUUUCAACAGCGAGGAAGCGGCGACACAUGCGAACAUAGGUAGAGUGUUGAGCAGCUUCGUGUUUGAAGACUCCGAU